AUCGAUUAUUGGUAUCAAAAAAAAAACAUAAAAUCUUGUAUAAAGAAUGGAGAUUCUUUUAAUACAUUGGUGUACCCGAACAGACAGGAUUACUUUUGUCAAUGAUAAUCUUCUCUGGCGGCGAUCUGUGCUCCUGUUGGAUGAAUCUUCUGAAAGCUACUCUUUAACACAUGCAACACUCAGUAAUCGACUCCACCAUAACACACAUACACGAUGAAAUUUCGGGAGAUAACUUCCAAGUCAGUGAGGUGCCUUGGGGAUGCUAUGUUUACUAUCUCGUGCCAGAUUCAUCGUUCGCUCCUUCCUCCUCCUCCUCCUCUUCCAAUGUUCCCGUCCAUUUCAGAGCCAUGCCACGCUUUCUCUUCUCACACCUGCGUUUUAUUCCAUAUUCAUUCUCAGCAGGUUGACUCUCGCUUUCAUACUCUUUUUUGGAUCUCAACUCUCUAUCGCCUAUCGCGUUUCAGCAUGGAUAUUUGCGAUGUAUCAAGUCUUCCCCAAUUCGAAAUAUAUUUGAAACUCGGCAAGAGGCUGCAGGAAAUUGCAUUGGCAAAUCAAGGCAAUAUUCCAGCUAUCUGGAACCCCCCAGAGAAGCACGUUCACAGAUUUCAAGAAACAAGGGCAAGGGCAAGGGCAAUGGAGAAGCCGAAGCAUAAGCCACGACUAUUGUUACCGGCUAUCCCUGAGUAUUUUCUAUCGCCAUACUACCCUUCUACCGCCAGCAUACACGACUUGAAGCCGAUAUACUUGAAGGAAUUGAAAAGCGGUGUCCCACAACGCGGUGGAUAUGUUCUUGUCAAAGCAUCGACACCACCCUUGCGAGUAGAAUCAACUAUUGAGGCAAUCGUUGAAGAUGAAAAGGGAACCUCAAUCAUCAUUCAUCUCUCGCAUUAUCCUGAUGAAAAUUCGAGACCUGCCGAGUCAGUCAUUAAGAAGAAUGAUACAUUCCUCAUUAAAGAGCCUCGAAUCAUGAUUUGGAGCUCCACGGAGGGACCAGUACUACAUGUCGACCAUGUGAGCGACUUGGUUCUACUUGGCUUACGCGACGAACUCAUUCCCAAUCAAUGGCGUACCCUGCUAUCACAGAUUGAUGGAGCUGCGGUUUUCAUUCAUAGACAAGAAGGUGAUAAGGCGAUGGACAAGAAGCAGUAUUGGACUGCUAUUCGAUGGUGAGUCCUUCAAGAAAAGUGAGUGUUCAAAUCAAGCUCAUUUGGAAUUCAGCUAUACAUCCGCGCUUGAGUGCAAUCCUCCAACCGAUCAAGAGCAGAUUAUCCAUGUUCAACGUGCAUUGGCAUACCUCAAAUGUGGUUGUCUUGAACUUGCUUUGGACGCCACCCAACGCGAAGAUGUAAGAUGGCGGGAAAAGCCACUAUAUCAAACUUGUGAAGCUUUGUAUGAACUACAAAGAUAUUCUGAGUGUCUUGUGUACCUCCGAGUGUUACGUGAAAGGUAUCCGGACCCCAAAUAUACACGGAUGGUUGCUCGCGUCAAAGACAGAUUGCGGGAAAAGACCGCAGGCGUCUACGAUUGGCACUCUAUGUCUGUCGUGGAAACCCGCGCGAGGCCACCAUUUUUAGAUCAUGCGACUUACAGAGAGCCAGUAGCUGUGAGGUCCUCUCCAUUUGGCGGUCAAGGCCUAUUCACGACAAUCCAUGUGAAGGCAGGUCAACUACUUCUCUGCGAGAAAGCAUUCUCUUAUUGUUAUCAUGACACAAACGCGGAGCGAUCCACUAAGAGCUCUAGAGCCAGUAUCAUCACCAAUGUCGCGACAAGACACAUGUCUGUAGGCACACAAGCGGGCCUCAUAACGAACAUCAUACAGAAAUGUAUAGCAAGACCCUCAUUGAUAUCGAAGUUGACAUCGUUACAUUGCGGCAGUUAUGAACCGGCCGAAAUAACUGAGGUUGGUGGGAACACCGUCGUCGAUACGUAAGAUAUGCGCCGCUUUCUAGCUGAAAUCAUGUGCUAACUACUUCUCUUCAGAUUUUUCAUUGAACGUGUAGUUUCUCUGAAUUGCUUUGGAUGCCCUCUCACUACCGAAAAGAACAAGUUCCCAGCUCCCGGCGCAGAGAGGAAGUAUUACCACGAGACUACUGGUCUUUGGCUUCUGGCAGCAAAAAUCAACCACUCAUGCUAUAGCAAUGUGUCACGGUCGUUCAUUGGCGACUUCCAGAUUAUAAGAGCCCUUCGUGAUAUGCCGCCCGAUACGGAGUUGACUUGUUCUUACAGGGAUAUCAGAAGCAGGUCUCAAGACAUAAACCCAUUUCUCCUCAAGCGCUGGGGCUUUGAAUGCGACUGCGCAAUUUGCGCCUAUCAUAAAGAGUCACCUUCUACAAUCGCCGAGGCACAGGAAUCUUUGAACGAAAUUCCGACAUUUGGUUCGCACGAUACCAUAAGAGACUGGUCCAUGAUUGCAAAGGCUUCAGAAAAAUAUCACAAACCAGAAAUUGAAGUCCCAAGAUUUCAAUUGUCUGAACCUUACCUUAGGAUCAGUGACUGCUGCUACGCCAUUGCAUCACAAGACAAUACAUUGUGGGAAUGGGAAGGAAGGCUACCUUGGUAUGACAGAAGCCUAGUUAUGGCAGCAGGAGCACUCGUUUCUCUUGGGUACCGGAUGCUGGCGGGUCCUCCACUACCAGGGUAUACGCUCAUUGGACCCAGUCUCGAAGUCUUCAGAUGGGGAUUGAUGACGGAUGACGCCUUUAGUGCUUGGAAGCUUCUUCAUAUGAUAUAUGUCAAUGUGCUGGAAAUGCCAGGGCGUCUUGAGGAGUUUAUGCGAAUCGCAUAUACGAUAUAUGUGGGAGAGGACGGGACGUAUGAUGAAGCUUCCAGACACAGAUUUGAGAAAAACCAUCUUGGCUUUGCACGGGUGGAAGCGAGUGAACCGAGCGAGAUGGAGUUGUACCUGAGAUCGCGCCGUUGACUUUUCAUAAUUAGUGAUAGCCUGGUAUAGCUAAAUAAGUAUAAAUUACCAUGCCUUGGACAACUGCAUAUUGUACUUCCACGUGCCUUCUAUUAGUGUCUUGGCCUUACUCGAUCUUCCCCAUAUAACAUCUCGAACUAGUAAGUGAACAGUAUUUAAUGGAAAAAGAACACCCGAAUGUUUUUCGAAACGUCCAAAAAUGGUUGGAUUGUUUCUUUUCAUGGUCGCUUUGACUUCCGCGUGAAUCACUUCAAAACGUCAAGUCGAGUCGCCUCGCAAAAGCUUCACGAAAUAUACCCAUGAUAUUGCACAAAAGAUUCCUGCGAUGGCACGAUAUUGCAACACGUACAGAAUCAACCAAUCGACGUUCUCUAUCUAGCGUGUGGCGAUGCCGACCCCGCAAUAUGCAGCUAACAAUUGCAUCAUCGCCAGGAUCGCAACGGUAAUAUCCACUUCACGCAGUGCAACACCAAGUGACCCUAGGUACUUAUUCAUGAGGACAUUCAAAACAGUCAAACCAAAACGCCUUUUCUUCGAUAUCCCGCGGCUCUAUCGGAAGUUUUGAAUAGCUAUGGCGGUUGGCAGGCCCGAUAUCAGUUAUGCUCCCGAUUUCGAAAAGUACCAAGCGAGGACUAAACGGCGUCUGGAGAGUGAGAACUUGGGUGCGGUCACGCUUCCUGAGGGAUUUCCGAAGAAACUUGAAUCGGAGUUUGUUUGGGAGGGAAGGGAUCUGGAGGGGAGGUAUGAGUGGAUUUAUGAGUUGAGUGAGGUGCAGGUUGGGGAGGUUGAGAGUGGGUUACAGUAUUUCAAAAGUUAGUUGAUGGUUCCUGGGGUGCUAUUUUUGGAGCCCCAGUCUUGGGGGUUUUCGGUAUGAUGACUUAUCUUUUCAGGUUUAAAAAUACCAUUGGGUUUUAUAUCCCAAGAAAUCUUUCCACUCCCAACACUUCAUCCAAUUCUCCGCUCCAUCUCAACAGAACUCCAUUCCGGCCAUGGCUUCAAAGUCCUCCGGGGCCUCCCAGUAGCCAAACACAGCCGAGAGGAAAAUAUAAUCAUCUACGCCGGCAUAUCAUAGCACAUAGCAUCUCAACGCGGCCGUCAAGAUAACAAAAUUGAUGGAAAGCCUGCGGAUAUUGUCUUGAACCACAACAAGGACUUGAGCGCGACGGUGGAUAAGGCUUUGAUUGGAGCACCGGCUUAUACCGCUGACAAACAGGUUUUACAUACCGAUGCGGGGGAUAUUGUUAGUUUGUUUGCGUCGAGUGGUGCGGCGGAGGGGGGCCAGAGUAAAUUGGCGAGUACGUGGAGGGUUUAUAAUUAUUUGGCGGAGGAGAGACCGGAUUUGAUACGGACGCUUUCGGAGGAUUGGGUGGUACAUAAGUAAGUCCUCGCCAAGUUUCUGUUUUCUCGAUAGUUGAAUGAAAUAUAUCGCUAAUGGAAAACCUCAGUUUUGAGAAUAAAAGAGACACCAAUCAUUUCGAAACCUCUAUUGGUUCACCAACCAGCUUCAGAAGGGACCCCAGAGCGAGUUCUUCUGAAUUAUGCUCGACGAUAUUUCACUGGAUAUCACGGGCUCCCGCGAUCCCCAAAUAUUCCUGCCAUCACUGAAGCACAAGCUGAAGCGUUAGAUGGAUUGCGUACGUAAAUUCCCUUAUCAAAUCCUUCACAGCGACUAACUCGUUCUUACAAAAGACUUUCUUGGUGAGAAAUACCACAUCGGAUUAGAUGUUCAGCAAGGAGAUAUCCAAUACGUCAACAACCUCGCCGUUUUUCACGCCCGUGAUGGCUUUAGAGAUACUCCUGAACAACAGUAAGUCUUACGUACAAUUUCCUAAUCUGACAACUUGGAUCUGUUCUCCAUUAUUCUUUUCUGAGCUACCGCUUACCAUCUUUAGACGACAUUUAAUACGCUUGUGGCUUCGAGACCCGGAACAUGCGUGGCCUACUCCAGAGGCGUGGAAAGAGCGUUGGAGUCAGCUUUAUGAGGGUGUUACAGCGGAGAAUCAGGUAUUUCCACUGGAACCGAGGAUUAGAAGUUCGAGUCAGGGGACGGGUAAGAAAGAAGGUGAUGAGAAGGAGAAAUAGAGUGGGAUGGGGGUUGGUGAGAUGUGAGGUGUGGGAUGUGAGAUAUGAUAUGCGUGGAUUCUCGUCUUCUUUGCUGCCCAUGAGGUGGGGAUGGAGUCGCUUGGCUGAUAUAAAUGCGCUACGAGUACAGCGCAAACGACGAUACCUUCAAAAUCUCAUUUUCAAGUUUUUCUAGCCAGAGAGUUCCCACCCAGCUAGGCCGCUACAGUAAUAU